CUUGCUAGUUUGCGGCCGGACUUGGAAGCGGCGGAGGCGGUGGCUGCGGCUGUGAGGGCGUGGAGAAGGGUGGGGUGAGUGGGCGAGGCCGCGACGAGGGCGGCGAAGUUCUCCUCCCCUGGGCCCUUCCGCGUGGGUCGGCGUGGACGUGUGUUUGGAGGGAUGUCCGCCUUUUCCGAGGCGGCGCUGGAGAAGAAGCUGUCGGAAUUGAGCAACUCGCAGCAGAGCGUGCAGACCUUGUCCCUGUGGCUCAUCCACCACCGCAAGCACUCGCGGCCCAUCGUCACGGUGUGGGAGCGGGAGCUACGGAAAGCCAAACCCAACAGAAAGCUUACUUUUCUCUACCUAGCCAACGAUGUCAUUCAAAACAGCAAAAGGAAGGGGCCGGAGUUUACAAAAGAUUUUGCACCAGUUAUAGUGGAGGCUUUUAAGCAUGUUUCAAGUGAAACUGAUGAAAGUUGUAAGAAGCACCUUGGGAGAGUGUUAUCUAUUUGGGAAGAAAGAUCUGUUUAUGAAAAUGAUGUAUUAGACCAACUUAAGCAAGCUCUGUAUGGUGAUAAAAAGGCUAGGAAGCGAACUUACGAACAAAUAAAGGCAGAUGAAAAUGAAAAUUGUUCCUCUCUGGGAUCUCCAAGUGAACCACCACAGACUCUAGAUCUCGUUAGAGCAUUACAAGACUUAGAAAAUGCAGCUUCAGGUGAUGCAGCAGUUCAUCAGAGGAUAGCUUCUUUGCCUGUCGAAGUCCAAGAAGUAUCCCUACUAGAUAAAAUAACAGAUAAAGAGUCUGGAGAAAGGCUUUCUAAAAUGGUAGAGGAUGCUUGUAUGUUGCUGGCAGAUUAUAAUGGCAGAUUGGCAGCAGAAAUAGAUGAUAGGAAGCAACUCACUCGAAUGUUAGCCGAUUUUCUUCGUUGUCAAAAGGAAGCCCUUGCAGAGAAAGAGCAUAAACUGGAAGAAUACAAGCGCAAGUUAGCCAGAGUUUCCCUGGUGCGCAAAGAACUUAGGUCCCGGAUCCAGAGCCUACCAGAUUUAUCUCGAUUGCCCAAUGUCACUGGCAGCCACAUGCAUCUGCCCUUUGCGGGGGACAUCUACAGUGAAGAUUGAUGGCCGUUCUCUUUCCAAGGGCCAGGACUUUGCAAGAGAUGGAGACAAGUUAGGUGGACAGUCCUGUAGCAUUAUUUUUGUAUACUGUUGAGAGUGAUGCUAACAAAAGAAACAAAUAAUUUAUAAAGUUGUUUAAAAUGUUGGUUUGUUUACUAUUUUAUUAGUAAGUUAAACAUAACUUAGUUUAAAUAAAGUGAUGAUCUCUGUGAAUUAAUAAGCUCACAAAUAGUGAUUAUUUUCAAAA